CGUAACAGUGGUUUGUGUUUCAAAGAUUAGAUUAGAAGCAAAGCCUCGUCAUUUAAUAUACUUCUUAAAAAUUUUCAUAAUAAACGUGACGUCAUGAAUAUCGCCAUCUUCAUCAUAUGUCAUGUACAGUUGUAAAGUGUAUUCGUCAUCGAAGUAAAAUUGGAGAUAUUUGUCAUUAUUUUUAAACACUUUACAUCUCUGUCAUCUUUUUUAUAAAUUUUUCAUUUUAGGAAAUAUGGACGGUAGCGGUAAUUCUAGAGAUGGAGAAUUGGGUGGGUCACGAAACUCACAGCCAGCUUCUACAAAAAAGCUGCAGCAAACACAAGCAACUGUUGACGAAGUUGUGGGGAUAAUGAAAGUAAAUGUGGAGAAAGUAUUGGAAAGAGAUCAAAAGUUAUCCGAAUUGGAGAAUCGUGCUGAUGCUUUACAGCAAGGAGCAACUCAGUUUGAACAGCAAGCAGGCAAAUUAAAAAGGAAAUAUUGGUGGAAAAAUCUCAAAAUGAUGAUCAUCAUUGGUAUUAUCUGUGUGAUCAUUCUAAUCAUCAUUAUCGCUUCAGUCGUGUCAGGCACAUCGGAGUCUGACAAUUCCUCUAAUUGAUAACAUUGUACCAAAUGGGAUGUAAUGCUCUGGGGUUUAUAAUUCCUUGUUCUAAAAUGAAUGUUAACCCCAGCAGAGUAAGUGCGGGGCACACAGAUUAAAACUAACGUGAUCAUCAAAAAUCACAAUUCGCAGUUCUAUUCAUAUGAAUUGCAGUCUAAGUAAUACACAAACAACAAAAAAUAUACAUAUAUUUUUGAAACGUAAAUUUAUUCAAACGCACAAUUAUUAGACUAAUUGCAGUAUUAAUAUGGGUGGUCUUUUAUAAAACUGUGAAAGGACAAUACAUUUGAUAAUGUUAUCUUGUUACAAUGCUUAUUGUACAUUUAUUAAUGAUAUAUAAUAUAUAAUAUAACGUUUAUACAU